GGGGGAGGAAUCGUGCCCCAUCCUUGGUGUCAGUGGGGGGAGGAAUCGUGCCCCAUCCUUGAUGUCAGGGGGAGGAAUAGUGCCCCAUCGUUGUGACACCAAUGAUGGGGCACUAUUCCCACUGACACCAAUGAUACUUAACUUUGCAGACCCCUGCUCCAGCCUGGGCUCACUCGCUCCCUCUCUCUCCCAUGUGGGAGGAAUAGUGCCCCAUCAUUGGUGUCACUGAUACCAAUGAUGGGGCACUAUUCCUCCCACUGACACCAACGAUG